UUAUAGAAUUAAAGUUUGUCUAUGGUAAGCCAAAGAAAGGCGAAGCUAAACAAAAGGCUAGCAUGUAGAUAGCAUUUCCUAAAAUAACAGUAAAUUUUGCGUAAAUACUGACUCAAAAGACUUAUCUUAACGAUAUACUAAAGUGAACUAAUAACUUUUACUACGUGUGUAUCAUUUAUGUUCAUAAAAUGAAGCACAAUGCAUCGUGUAAUGGUGGCCAUUAAAAGUAAUAAUUAUGUAUAUUGGCAUACUUACUGUUCUACGGACCAGCAAAUAAACAUCUAAAGGAUUACAGUGACUACUUUAUUGUGAAUUACAACUGAACAACAUGUAAACCCAAGUGAUAUUUGUGUUAUGUGAGUAAGGAACAGUGCCUAGUGUAAAUAGACCAUUUGGCACGAACCAUGGCCCAGAAUCAGGGGGAGGUUCAAGUGGGAACACCGAGCCAACCCGUGAAGGAGAAAGACAUUUACGCCUGUUUGCCUGAUAUGCGGACGAACGGGCCGCUUGGACCCGACGAACCGUGUCCUGGUGGUGAAGAACUUCGCUGGCUGCCUGCGCAGGCUACGGACCGUGAUCUGGUUAUGUACUUGCGAGCUGCGCGCUCUAUGGCCGCAUUUGCUGGUAUGUGUGACGGAGGCUCCCCAGACGACGGGUGUGUCGCAGCAAGUCGCGACGAUACCACUAUCAACGCUCUGGAUGUGCUUCAUGACUCAGGGUACGACCCUGGUCGCGCUUUACAAGCUCUUGUCAAGUGUCCAGUUCCUAAAGGAAUUGAGAAAAAGUGGACUGAAGAAGAAACAAAAAGAUUUGUUAAAGGGAUUCGGCAAUUCGGUAAGAAUUUCUUUAAAAUUAGAAAAGACCUUUUGCCUCAUAAAGACACUGCUGAGUUAGUUGAAUUUUACUACUUGUGGAAGAAAACUCCUGGUGCUAGUAGCAAUAGGCCACAUAGGAGACGACGUCAGGCAUCUCUCAGACGUGUGCGUAAUACCCGCAAUUCUCGAGCUGGUACUCCUAAAGAGCAGACUCCUGAAGCUACACCUACAGUGCCAGAUACUAACGGAUCAAGACCUUCACCCAAUCCUAAAGAAGCUGGCGAGAUGAGUUCAGUGACAGAAGAUGAAAAUUCUGAAGAAGAUAGUGAUUCCAGAGAUGCUGGUGACUUAGCUAAAGUAGACACUGUGAGGCCUGAAAACCCGGAGGACUCUCCAAGUCGAAUGAGAACCCGUAAUAAAUCUAAAGAGCAAAGUACACCAAGUACUCCAAAUGGAAAGAAAGGUCAAGAUGAAAGUGAUAAUGAUUCCAAGGCCAAACCUAAACCUAGUAAACCAAAUGUACAAACUACUACCAAUAACAAUACAGCUGAAAAAAGUAUAUCAUCUCCAGUGAGCAAAGAUAUCAAGAAGAAGGUGGUAACAAAUGGUAAAGUAGAUGUAUCCAAAGUUAAGAAACGUCUUCCAGAUGAUACAAAGCCAGAGAGUAUUUUGGAUGGUGAUGUACAGAUGAAAAAGAAAAAGGCAUUGGAACCUCCCGACAGUCCUGCAGAAAGUCUCACUAAUGAUAGUUUCCCUGCAAUGGAUGAAACUGAAACUCCGGAACCAGAGCCAGAGGCUUGUGACUUCAGUUUUAAUAAGACUGACAAGGAGAGUACUGAACAUAACAAAGAACCAGAAGUAGAACAGCACCCAAAAUCUGUUGAUUCUCAGGUUAAAAUUGAGAAUAAUCCAGAACCCGUCAUUAAAACUGAAAAAGAUGCCAUGCCUCCAACUUUCCAAGUGGCUACUGAAAAAGAUGAACGUAAUGCUCUGGACUUAAAAACAGAUACAGGUACAAAUAAAAUUCCUGAAAGCAUGGAACCGCGGCCUCUUGUCAUGCAAAAUCCCAUGUUUCCUAAAACAGAACUUAUUAUACCAAAAGUUACACCUAUGUGUACAGACCCUAUUGAGAAAAUAAAAAUAAAAGAAGAAAUAGAUACCGAUGAAACAUUAAAUCUGCAAAAAGAGGACUUCCCAAAAGAUCCGUUAUCACACAAUUUCCCUGGACAUCCUGUGAACCAACCAAACAAACCACUUAAUUUGGAAAAUACUAACUUCUUUGUGAAAGACAGCCACAUAUACAAUCCAAAAUUAGGUCACAGUAUUAAAAUUGAAAAUGUAUCAAAUAAUAUCUUCAACCCAUUAAAUAUAACAAAGGACAGCUCAAUUAUAAGAAGUGCCAAAGAUUUUUCAUCUGGUAUGCCGCCAUUUUCAUAUCCAUCUAAUAUGAACUUUGGAAAUGAUCCUUCGAAGCAUAAUCCACAUUUAAAUCCACUUAAGACAGUGAUCAAACUAGAGCCUAGAGAUGAAGCAAGUGAAAUGAAAAAUCAAAAUACACCUGAAAUCUUUACUGCAACAAUUUCUUCAGGUAAUAAAGUAGAUUCACCAAAUGCACCUAGAUUAGACUCAUUACAAAGAAUGAGUCCAACACCUACAAAUCCUCGAGGAUCAUCACCACCUCCAAUGGAACAUCCAACAACUUUGAACACAGAGCCAAUAUCACCAGCAAAUUCACAAGAGAAUAAAGAGUCAGAUGUAGAUGACAAACAACCAACAGACUUGAAGACUCAACCUGUGCCCAAGCAAGAUUCCCAGAGUGGCAACUUGAGGCCUCCCUCAUUUCCACAUCCAGUUAGACCAGAAAAUCUUGGAAUUAGAUCAACAGAAGCUUCUAUUACACCAGUUUCUGUGCAAAAUAUGCCUCCACCACUCACUCAACCUUCCAUUGCUGGUUUGUUACCACCUGGACCUUUGAUAUCUGUUGGGAGUGGAGCUAAUGUUGGCCCAUAUGGUUUUAUGCCUACAGCAUUGUAUGGUCAUGCAAGUCACCCUGGGCAUCCAGGUCUUGAUAAGCCUGGAUCAAUGCCACCUUUAAUGCCACAACAUCCACCCUCUCACAGUAUACAGGGUAGUAAUCUGAUUCCAACACCAGGAAAUCAAACUGAUUCAUCAAUGCCGCAAGAUCUGAAAAUCAAACAGGAAGUGUCUGACAAUGUACCAGCUAAUUUAUCUACUCAGCAAGUUGAUCCACUUCAAUCACUCAAAGAAGUUAAAGUACCAGGAUAUCCUAUUGGAAGUGCAAUAGCACAACAUUUGAACACUGAAAGAGACAGAGAGUCAAUAUCUAGUGUCGAAAAUAACAGCAGACCUCCUAGCCAGCCUGCCAAUGAAAAUGCCAAUAUGACUAGUGCUUUCCUUGGCCCCAGGAUUGAGAGUAUUAAAAAGGAACCUGACUUUUUGCACCAACCUCACUUGCCACCUACUUCAACAAGUCAGAGCAGCUCUGAAUCAACUAGCCACGUUCCUCCUGUGAAAAGUCCACACACGCCGACACCUAUCAAAAGCCAACCGGGACACAAUGGAACACCUAUGCAUAUUGCUCACUCGUCUGCAACAACUUCGCCAUUCUCAAGGCAUCUGACAAGUCCCUCUCAGCCAAGACAAAUUUCAGCAUCACCUGUUCAACCGAAUACGCCAGUAUCACAUUCGGCACUGAAUUUAAUGAAUCCAACACCUUUAUCAAUACCAGCGACAAUACCUGGCCCUGUCAUGCACUCUGGUCAACAACCACACCCGUUUGCUUCGCCGCUUCACCACCCACAUUUACUUCAUCCAUCUAUUUUUCAACUAUCUGCAGCGGCGGCUCAUGCUAUGCACCCAUAUUAUCCGCACCCACAUCCCGGAUAUUCAAUGCCUUAUCCUUAUCCUUAUGGGCCAUUACCUCAACCACAUCCAAUACCCCCUAUGCACCCUGCGGUAAGCACUGCAGGUCGCCAUGACCCAGUUAAACCUUCGACAAUAGAAUCAACGACGAUGCUCAGCUCUCAUCACAGUCACAGCACUAGUUCAUCAGUCACAACGCGAUCUCUUAGAGAAAUUUCUGAAAGCUCGGAAGAUCCAAGAAAUCCUAACGCUACAACUGAAAGGCAUCAACUGCAUGAGACCACGAUGACUCAUCAUCACUCAACGAGUCAUCACAGCGCGGUUCACACCAGCACAGAGAAACAACCGAGCCAUGUUGGAGGCGGCACCAACCACACGUUAUCUAUAUCACAUUCUACGUCGAGCAGCUCGUCGCAAUCAAUCCAGCAUAAAAUCAAUACACAGCAAAAGAGUAGUUCUCAUUCAAAUUCGCCGCACCACUUAUCGGCGAGCGUAUCGCAGACAACCAGCUCGUCAUCAAGCGUUAAUGUUACCAACAAUCACAACCACACGCAUCAUCAUUCGCACCAUUUGGCACAUCACCCUGAGCGACUUUCUCCAGCUGAUUCAAUGCUAAUGCGUCAUCACCCGAAAAUGCUUCCGGGUAAUCCAAAUCAUCUAAUGAUUCAACCGCCAUCUAUGGGACAUCCUAUGGGUCUUGGUUUGCCACCAGGGCCUGGACCUAGUUCUAUUGAAAGUCUUCGACUUCAUGCCCAGGCUGCUGCUGGACUUCAGGCAUCACAUCCUAGAUCUAGUUCACCACAUCAAAUGCCUCAUGGACAUCCGCACUUGCGAGGUCCACCGCGACCAAUGCCGGAUGAAAAUCCUGAGCUCAAAUUAGAAACACAAUCACAACCUGAAGAAGAAGAAAUACCAAGCCCUGCUCAUAUACCACAUGGGCCGAGUCCUGAACCAAAAAUAGAGGAUACCGAAUGUCACAGAUCUCAAUCAGCCAUUUUCCUUAGGCACUGGAAUCGUGGUGAUUAUAAUUCAUGUACAAGAACAGAUCUCAUAUUUAAACCAGUGCCAGAGUCCAAACUUGCUCGUAAGCGAGAAGAACGUCUUCGAAAACAAGCUGAGCGGGACAGAGAAGAAAGAGAAAAGAUUGCCCAACAAGCACAUAGAAAGAUAGCUACACCAGAGAAGCCAGAGACUAAGCCCCCAUCAAGAGGCGCUAUUGAAACGAUAUCAUCCCCGUACGACAGAUUCCCAAGGCCGCCUGGAUACCCUGAUACACCUGCACUACGUCAAUUAUCAGAGUACGCUAGGCCACAUACUGGUUUUAGUCCAGGCAAUCUCCCGCGUCACUGUAUGGACCCGAUGCUACAGUAUCAACUUAGCUCUAUGUAUGGUGCUGCGGGUGCACGAGAACGGCUUGAAUUAGAACAUUUAGAACGUGAAAAACGAGAUAGGGAGAUACGAGAAUUACGUGAACGUGAACUUAACGACAGACUUAAAGAGGAGCUACUGAAAAACAAUGUAGGGCCGAGAGCACUCGAUCCACACUGGCUAGAGAUGCAUCGGCGCUACGGUAUGCCACCACCUCCACCGCAGGGUGCCAUUCCGGUCCAAUUCGGGCUGUACCCUCCAGGACACGGGCCAGCUGCACUCUCGCAACUGGAGCGCGAGCGGCUCGAACGUCUCGGCAUCCCGCCAGCGGGAGGCCAACAACAGUCUGUGCCCACUACCAUGUCACAACAACACCAUCCGCACCACCCCCAUCCCGGGGUUGCGGCGGCCCAGCUGGAGGCCGCGGAGAGGCUGGCGCUCGCAGCCGACCCUAUGGUGCGCCUGCAGAUGGCGGGCAUCAACCCAGAGUACCACGCGCACACUCACGCCCACACGCACGCGCACUCACACACGCACCUGCACCUACACCCGGGCCAGCAGGCGGCGGCGCAGGCACAGCAGGAGGCGGCACUGGCGCUGGGCCCGUACCGGCCACUGCCGCACCCUGACCUGCUGGGCCGGCCCUACGCGGAGCAGCUGGCGCAGCAGGCGGCAGCGCACGAGCAGCUGCAGCGCCAACUGUUGCUGGAGCGUGAGCGCGGCUUCCUGCACCCCGCGCACCACGAGGACUUCCUGCGCCAGCAGCGCGAGCGUGAGCUGAAGGUGCGUGCGCUAGAGGAAGCGGCGCGCGCCUCGCGCCCCUAGUGUGAUCUGCUAGCGUUCCCUCUCUUCUGACUCUCCAAGUGUUCACGCGCCGCCCUGUAGAUCGGUCGAGCGACAUUUUCGUAUGUGACGAUACCUGUAAUUUAUAUUUAUGAUAGGGCCGUACCUUAAGUAUUUAAGUUUUAUAAUAUUUUUAUAGUUGCAUGGUCGUGUAGUUACGCUUAUUUUCCAUGCUCAAAUUUAUUUCUUACCUACUAGUCAUAAUUAAAAUUUUAUUUGUGAAUGAGAUACAGAGUCACACGUUUUUACGUAGGCUGUUUAGAUUAAAUUAUUUACUUUUAAAUACAAAACAGUUUUUGAUCGCUACUGGUGGAGCCUGCUCCUUCACUUGACGACACAUAAAAGAAAUGUUAUGUCGCAUUAAGUUCUGAAUGGAAGCCGUAGCGCCCGCCAGUAGCUUUCAAAUGGAAUCAUAAUGCAAAUAAUAAGGGUGCUGGUUAGCAUUCAUGUGAAUGGACCACAUGAUUACAGUAAUUAUGUUCAAUGUAAACUACAUUGCUUUUUAUGUUCAUGACAUAAUAAUAUAUAUAACUAUAUAUUUAAGUGUUUAUUUAAGUAAGAGACAGAGUAGGGACUGUGUGGACUUGCCUUUCUAAUCAACUUGCCUUUUACGUAUUGUCCCGUAGUGACUAUCGCUCUGUGUAAUCUUAAUUCACUUAAAUUAUUUACAUUUUAAAUAGAAGUAUAUAUUUUGAAAUAGUACCUAUCUAGCUCUCAAAGUAACGACGUGUGUAUAUGGAGUGAUAUGUAGAACAUUCAGAGGUUCAGUCGAUACAAGAGGCAAUCGUUUGUGGAACUAAUUACACUCACAUAUCAAUUAUAAGAUUGAAGUAUCGCCGUGAGAAAAUUGUUACUAAUUGAUACGUUGCCUUCAAAUGUUGAUAUUGGCCGAAUGCAAUAAUUCUAUAUUAGUAAUGAAAGGUGAUUAUGGCCUUGGUGUUGUAAAAGAUCGUUUUGUACAGAUUGUGAUGGAAUAUUUUAUUGAAUGCAAUUUUGUUCUUUUAUGUUCACUCUUGUAUGGGAUUCGUUCUCAGUUAUGACUGCUAAUAAUAUGGUACGUGCAUAAUGCGCGCGUUUUGUGUAAUGAGCGAAAAUAACCAAUGUCGGUCUGCACUAUUAUUAUGGAUAACGCUAUGUUUAUUGCAUUUAUUUAUCCCAGUUAGUUCACUGAUAUCCAAUUUACCUUAAUGUCUAUUUUAACUUAAACUCCUGCGAAAUAAUUAGCUGUUUCCGUUCCUCACAAUCAAAACAAUUACUAGAUUCUGAUAGAUGUUGGAAUGAGAAUGCAAGAAGGCGGAAGUAAUACACAAACGCGUCCACGGGUUAUUUUGUUUUUGAAAAUUAAUGCAUAACAUCAACUAAUCUUGUUGUUUGCACGAAGAGCAUUUGUGUUAGCAGUCAUAAUCAUCAAGAAGUGAAUGCCACUUGCACACUGCAAAUUCAAUGGUUUGAACUCGCAGUGGGGUAAUAGUAAAUAAACAGUAUAAUUAGGCAACACUAUCGGUCCCUGUCUUUCGUGCUGGUGUGUGAUGUUCUUUCUCUUUCACUUAUGUGUUAAGAGAAAGUGGGGUGACAGGUCAGCUCCAUUGCCUGGGACAUGUCGGAGAGCCGACAAUUUUAUAUUGUUGACUGAAACUUGCCAAAUUCCCUUUAUUUUGGAGAAUUCACACAAAAAAUUAUGAAGCUAACUACUUAAUGAGUGCCUCUAAAAUAAAGGUAGUUUGUCGGCGUAACAAAGUGUUUAUAUUGUUUUAAAGAUAUAUUGAUAGUAGAAUAACACUGACACAAAGUUAAGUACUUAUACAAUUGAAAUUAUUUUGAUCUUGACUAUUCUGUGUAAUAAUAAUACUAAUGAGUGGUUAAAUAUUCUUGUAAAUUUUAAGAGUUGUAAUUAACGCCCGUUGUACACAUUCAAUAACUCUGCACUAAAUGUAAUAUAAAUUCCCUUUGUAACAAAUAGGCGUUGUUAGAGACAAUUCUAAAGUUAUAUUGAUUAUCUAGAGUUAACUUUCACGAUGUCGCUUCGUAGGUAUUAUGUUGGUAAUGCCAUAGUUACUUUCUGAUGUCUAAAAAGAGAAAAUGAGUAUUAUUUUUAGAGACAAAUUAUAUCUUAAUUAAUAAAUUAAGAGGUUGCGUGUCGGUUUAAAACUUCAUUUAUUUAGACAAUAAGGUUAAAUGGAUGUCUUAGUGCUUUUGUGUAAAUUUUUUUGAAUAAUAUAUGUGAAAAAAUUCAA